AUGGAUUGCAGUAUACCAUCACCUGUAUCGAAACAUGAUCAUCGCAUUGAUACGAAUGAUAUUGUUCAAAAUUUUCUUUUCAUUUGGCUUGACCCAAAAAUCGAUGAGUUCAACGACGACUAUCUGAACUCUAUCAAGCAACUACGACAAACAGUCAAUACCAUUGAAAUAUUUUGUGAUACAGAAGAAUGUAUCGAUUAUAUUUCAGAACUUCAAAACGAAACGUCAUUUCUUAUUAUUAGAAGUACUUUGUGCCAAAUGGUUGUGCCACUUAUUCAUAACAUGACACAACUAUAUUCAAUUUAUGUCUUUUGUCGAAAAGAAGAAAAGUAUGAAGACUGGACCAAGCACUGGUCCAAGGUGAAAGGUAUUUUCAGUGACAUCACUUCAAUUUGUGACUCAAUUUAUGAAUGCGCUCGACAAUGUGAUGAAGAUUCAAUCGCAAUUAGUGCUGUAUCGUCAUUAAAUCAAAUCGAACCAUCAUUUAUGUAUACAAAAUUAUUCAAAGAAAUCAUUCUUGAAAUCAAUUUCGAUGAAAAAAAGGAAAUCAACGAUUUAGCUGAAUAUGCUCGCGAGAAGUAUAAGGGCAACUGUACACACUUAGAAAUUAUUGAUGAAUUUGCUCAAGAAUAUCAAGGUAAUUUCGAUCGAAAAAACAAGCCUAUUUGGUGGUACACUCGGAACUGUUUCACGUAUCAGAUGCUAAACAGGGCACUGCGUACUUUGCAAGUCGACACGCUGCUCAAAAUGGGCAUCUACAUUCGAGCUCUUCAUCGAAGCAUCAAGAAGCUUCAUUUAGAAGAAUUGAAUAAAACCCAUGGUGCACCAAUAACACUCAUAGUCUACCGAGGUCAAACUAUGGACAAAAAAGAUUUUGAAAAAAAAUCAAACAAGGUGGACUAA